AUGGCAAAUACGACGAACCAAACCUUCCUCUCCAUCAACGAAUCCAUAACAAGCGACAAAUGGGUUCCUGGCCUAUACCCACUCGACAAAGGCACUGAUGGACAAGCACAGAACGACGAGUCUGCACCUAAGGGCGUUACCGGUAACGGACAGAGCUUGGUGGAGUUGGAGAACACUAAUUACCCAGACUUUGAUAGAGAUCGUGAGAAUCAAGAGGGAGAUUUCGAAGAUGGGUGUGAUGUUUUCGAGGGGUUUGACAAUGAAACUGCAGCAUGGAAGGCUGUUUUUUGUGAGGUCUAA